UAAAAAACAUGGCGUUAGUAAUUUGAAAGCUCACAUCCCCGUUUGCCCGUUAUAUCCUAAUAGAGACUAACAUGGACAACAAAACCUUUCAUUCAAACCCACAGAUGGGGGCGGUGUCGACGUUGUCACUCAUGUCUUUUCUUUUGAUGAUUGUAAGAGAGCUCUUGCCGAAAUGGUCAUCAUUGAUGAACUACCCUUUAGAUUCGUUGAGGGGAUUGGGUUUAGAAAGUUUUGUAAGGUCAUGCAACCGAAGUUCUCACCGGUCCCUUCUCGCCAAACGAUAACUAAAGAGGUUGGUGCAAUUCAUAACUAUGAGAGGGGAAAAUUGAAAAAAUUAUUGAAGGGUCGUAGGAUUUGCCUCACCACUGAUACAUGGACAUCAAUUCAAAAUCUUAACUACAUGUGCCUCGCCGCACACUUCAUUGAUGAUGAUUGGAAGUUGCAAAAGAGAAUUUUUAACUUUUGUCAAGUUGUAAAUCAUAAGGGAGAGACCAUUGGCAAGAAGAUUGAAUCUUUGUUGCUUGACUGGAACAUUGAUGGUAUUUUUACGUUGACAGUAGAUAAUGCUAGUUCGAACGACACGGCUAUUAAGUUCUUGAAAAGGAAAACAAAGGAUUGGAAACGGACAAUCUUGGAUCAUGAUUAUUUGCAUGUACGAUGUUGUGCACACAUUUUGAAUCUUAUUGUGGUUGAGGGGUUGAAAGAUAGGAAUGAGAGUAUUCUCCGUGUUCGUGAUGUCGUGAGGUAUGUGAGAUAUUCUCCACAAAGAUUGGAGAGCUUUAAGAAGUGUGUGGAGAAGAAGAAAAUUAUUUUUAACCAAACUGUGUGUCUUGAUGUGCGUACUCGGUGGAAUUCCACUUACGUGAUGUUAGAAGUAGCUGUCAAGUUUGAGAAGGCAUUCCAAAGAAUGGCGGAGGAAGACAGUGGUUUCAAAACCUUUUUUGGCAUAAAGGAAGGCGAUGAUGGGGAGCUUGUGUCAUUUGAGGGUGGGGAGACCAUAGAGUUGGUUAGUGAGGGUGGCCAAGUUAGGAGCCAUAGGGUCCAAAGAAUUCCAACGAAGCUUGAUUGGAAGAAUUGUACGAUGUUUACUAAGUUCUUGAAACUUUUCUAUGAUGCAACCAAGAAAUUGUCGGCUUCUCUUUUUGUCACAUCCAAUGUAUUCUUUGAUGAGAUGUAUAAUGUUGAAGUAAAAAUAAAGAAGUUAAUUGCCAACAAUGACCCUCUCUUGUCUAAAAUGGCAUUUGACAUGAAAAAAAAAAUUGACACGUAUUGGGGGAAGGGAGAUAAAUUCAAUUUCCUACUUUAUGUGGCGGUGGUACUAGAUCCCCGGUUCAAGUUAAGGUGAGUGAAGUUUUGCUAUAUAAAAACCAAAGGGAAGGAGGUGGCCAAGCAAAUGGAGAAACGUAUGAAGGGAGUUUUGGACAAGUUGUAUGAUGCUUAUGUGAACGAGGGUGAAGUUAGAGUUCAAGUGGCAAGUGCAACACCGAGUGUUGUGGUAGAUGAGGAUUGUGAUGAUCGGUUGAGUUUAGCAAGUGAAUUUGACACUUACUUGGAGCAAGAGUAUUCUAGUGUUUGUUCGUCAGAGGUAGACAAGUAUGUGAAUGAUUUGUGUGAACAUAAGGAUAUUCCGGAUUUUGAUAUCCUUUUAUGGUGGAAGAACAAUUCCAACAAGUAUCCGAUCUUGUCCCAAUUAGCACGUGAUGUAUUAGCUAUGCCCGUGUCCACCGUUGCUUCUGAGUCGGCUUUUAGUACGGGUGGUCGCGUACUUGAUCCAUUUCGAAGUUCACUCUCACCAUCAAUGGUCGAGACUCUUGUAUGCACCCAAAAUUGGCUUCUAAGCACGGUUCCAAUCUCUCUUUGACAAGCUAUGGAUAAAGUUGAAGAUCUUGAAUGAGAAAUCCUUGGAAAUGAUGCAAGUUCGGAAGUUCCUAAGGAUUGAGUUAUGGGGCUUUGGAUGUUGCUGAAAUAUUUAAAGUUAA